AGCAGUCGCUGCAGAUCUUCUGGGGCAGUCCGUCGUUGGGAGAGAUCUGAAAUGAAUUCACUGGCUUUAAUCUACUGCAGAUCUAAAUCUCCUCCAAAUUUGAAUUCACCAACCUCCAAUGCACAUCCACCGACAAAACCUUCGCUGAUUUUGAAUUCUGCUAUAUAAGGUCUGCGAAUCGGAGCUACAAAUACAUAACGCUUAAAGUGAACUUAUUCAAAACGCCAGUUACAAAAGUCAAGUUCAAUAUGAUACUAUACAAGCGAUUUAGCGGCUACAGGCCCUUUAUGUUCAAUAUCACAGUGGAUGCGUGUAGAUUUUUAAAAAACCCUGAUUCGAACCCAGUAGUGAAGUACUUUCACGAAUUCUUUAAUUCCUACUCGAAUCUUAACCAUUCCUGCCCCUUUGAUCACGAUCUUUUUGUGGAUAAGAUUCCCACAGACUUUGUCAACCACAGAGUUACGAAGAUUCUACCCUUCCCCGAAGGUGAUUAUCAACUGGAAACUCAUUGGAUGGCUUAUGAAAUCGAUCGGGCCGUGGUCAAGAUUUAUUAUACUAUAUCGUAGCCAUGUGUCUUCGAAUAUAAGUCAAGAAUUGUGCAAUUUAUUGGAAACAAUGGAAAAUAUAUAAUUGUAGCUAUUCACAUAAUAAAAAUUCCACUGCAAAAAGACAAGCGUUUCAUAAAAUUGAUGAUUCCGGAAGACUUUAGAUUGACAAUUUCCCAAAAGCUUUGGGGUUGGCAGGAAAAUAGCCAUCCUAUGCAUAAUUAAGCCCCAAGUGGCUUGAUUGUGAAAACAUUAUUAAGAUUGCACGGCUCAUUAAAUUAUUACUAGCUUUUUCUAGCUAGUAUUGAAUCAGUACUUAAAAAAGAUUUUGGCAUAUGUAAUCUCAAAUGUAAUC